AAAUUAACAAAAGUUAGUUGUUUGCGGCGAGAGAUCGGAGGAGGAGGAACUUUGGAAGAGAAGAUGAGCUUGACGCUGCUUCAAGGCUACUCUUCUGCGGAUUUCGGGGCCACCGGAGUUUCUGAACAACCGCACAGAAGCGGAUGCAGAAGCUUCUGCUAGAGAUGCAGAGCAUGCAAAGCGUAUUAAUCGCAAAAAGAAGAAAGUUAAACCAAAAGGUGUUGUCAUGGAAGCAAAACCUCAACUAGUAGGAAUUCAUGAGAGAGUAAGAAACGAUAUCGAUGCACCACCAUCUUCAGUGAGUGGUGAAAAGCGGAUAUCUACUGCAACCAUUCCUAACGCAGAAGAAUCUGCAGAUCUCUUGAGGAUGUGUCUGCAAUGCGGUGUACCAAAAACAUAUACAAGCGCAAGAGGUAUUGUAUGCCCGAUUUGUGGUGACCGGCCAUUACCAGACUUAGACGCCAAGAAGAAAGGAUCUACGAUCAAAGAUAAAGAGAAGAGCAAAAGAAUGAGAGGACAAUCCUCUCAUGCUUCUUGGAAAAGCGAAACCGAGAUGCAGCUUAGACAAACUUUUGAUUAGAAUGUUUCAAAAAACUUUUCUUUCUCCUUUUGAGACAUUGUACCAUCCAAAUUCUGUAACGUUGCUUGCGACACAAAGUUUUAAUCUUACCUACACAAUAAAUGUGAUUGGCAUCCUGCAUC